AUGCAUGACGAAGUGCGGGAGUUGAGUGUUGUUUUCAGUGUGGGUGAGGUGGAUGAUCCAGAUUCUUUGGCUCAAAAUCUUGAUGAAUGUCUCCAGUUAUGUUUGGUUUGCGUUUCAAAAUGGGGUUGUCGUGAAAGCUUUCGUUUGAAUGUACUGAAUAGGAAAAAAAGUUUAUUUAAAUCGUCAGUCAAAGGUAGAGUUGUACGAGACGAAGCAGGCGUUGAGCGUAGUCUUCGACAGAGAAGAGUUAGUUUUGAACGAUCGAAUUCUUACAAAGCCGACAAUAAUUUCACUGAUACGAGAGAUGUCUACACAGAAGAUUAG